AUGGAUGAAGUCGACGGUAGAUUCACCGGAAUAGAUGAAGACGACGGUAGAUUCACCGGAAUAGAUGAAGACGGCGGUAGAUUCACCGGAAUAGAUGAAGACGGCGGUAGAUUCACCGGAAUAGAUGAAGACGGCGGUAGAUUCACCGGAAUAGGUGGAAUGGAAUCAGAAGUCGUCGGAAUAGAUCGUCUUCUUGAUGUAGUCGCCGGUUUCGUCGCCGACGUAGCAACACGAGUGCCACGGCGAGAAGAUCGACGGAGAGUGACCAUAUCGGAGCUCAAUCUUGACGGAAUGAUCCUAAAUAAGCAAUCGAUAGAUCAGAAAGUGAGCAAUGCGGAAGAAGAUCGAUUGAUCGGAGUGGAUGAAUGCGGAGACGAAGAUCGAGAGCUGAGUUUGAGCUCAGCGCUCUGA